AUGAGCCGAUUUAGAAGAAUCGAAAUAUUCGAGCCUCACUAUGCUCCUGUAUUCCUCAGAGAAACCUCCAUUUUCACUCCGAAAGCACUCGCCUUUCCCUUCUUUGAAGAACCUGAGGAGCUCACUUUUUCAGCUCUCGAUCUCUUCUACUCAAAGCCCAGCACUUUUGAUGUUUUUGAUACGGUGGCGGAUCUGGUUAAACCGCCGUCGUUUUGCACUUACAAGAGCAUUCACGACCGGUUUGAGACUGACUUGCGCUUGCAGACUCUUUCUGACCGAGUCAGUGACCUUGAGUCAAAAUUUGACAGACUAGUCAACGCGAAGAUCAACGCCGGAAGUGGGGCUGAGAGGAAGUACAAGUGGACAGCGGAGAUUAAGGGACCGAUGACAGAGAGGAAGUAUAAAUGGACGGCGGAGAUCAAAGGACACGAAGAGAAGGAGAAGAAGGAAGAGAAGGUUAAGAAUUACAAAUGGACGGCUGAGAUUAAAGAAAAGGGAGAGGAAGAGAUUCCGAUCUCGAGAAAGUAUACUUUUGAAGCGUCAAGUGGAUUUGCAGGUGAGGGUGGCAAACCAGAAAAGAAAGAGAAAGAGAAAAAGAAAGAGGGUAAGAAAGAGCAUAAAGGAGAGUGCGCCACGCGUCUUGUCGAAAUCGAAGAUUACCCUGAUCAUGGAGCUGUUGUUUUACGACAGGCAUUUGCGAAGAGAGCUGGAGUAGUGGACAAGAGGAAGGGGAAGAAGAAGGAAUUGACGCCGCUGGAUGCAGCAUUGUUGAUUCAGACGACGUUUAAGGCUUAUUUGAUUAAGAGGUCACAGGCGCUUCGUGCACUUAGAGAGUUGGCGGUUGCAAAGUCUAAGUUGAAGGAGCUUAGAGCUUUGUUUAAUAACUUUUCAUAUAGGAGUCAUGUUGCUCGUGAUGCUGAGGAGAGGCAGAAGUUUACGGAGAAAAUUAUUGUGCUGCUGCUUACUGUUGAUGGCAUUGAGGGAGCUGAUCUAAUGGUGCGAGCUGCAAAGAGGUCGAUGGUAGAUGAGCUGGAGGCAAUGCUUGAUGUGGUAGACCCCCAACCUGCUGGUAGAUCCCUUUCCAUGAGAAGACGGACAUUCGACAUGCCUGAUGGUGUCAUUCGAAAGGAAAUCGCAGACGGUGUGGCCCAGGUUGUCCAAAUGCUUGAUAAGGAAGAGAAUGGCACCCGCACCUUUGAGGCAUGUCUACAUCAGUUAACUGGUCAUGCCAUGUUUGAUGAGUUUCCUUCUGACCCUGCAGUUUCCUCUCUCCUUCUCCUUCGCUUUUUGUCGAAAAAGGAAAUCGCUCUUUCACUUGAUUCUCGUUCUCGUUCUCUGCGAUUCUAUAAAAGGAUGGUCUGUCUAAAAGACACAGUACCUGCAGCUGAAAACAACAUUAACAGAGGACAAAGGCAGAACAACCUUGGAAGGCCAAACAGGACAUGCUUGGCACUUGUGGCUGACGAGACUGCCUCAGUUCACUUCCAUUUCUGGGGUGACGAGUGUGAUGCAUUCACGUCCAGGACGCCAAAUGUGAGUGAGAUUACUUGGAUGCCGGACCCUAAUCGUUCCAACAAAUCCCUUUCCAUUAGAAGAUGGACGUUCGUAAUGCCUGAUGGUGUCAUUGGAAAGGAAAUUGCAGAAGGUGUGGCCCAGGUUGUCCAAAUGCUUGAUGAUGAAGAGAUUGGCAUCCACACCUCUAAGGCAUGUUUGUCAGAAUAUGGAACAGAAUUUGAAAGACUCCAGCUAACUUGUGAUGCUAUGCUUGAUGAGGUUGCCCGAACUGGCUUGAAAUUCUAUUUUGAAUGA